UCCCCCUCUCUCUCUCUCUCUCCCUCGCCCUCAUAAGCAGAGAAGAAUCAGAGCUCUGCAACUCUCUUUUCCCGCCAUAAAUCGCCUCUCUCUUUUUCUCUCUCCCUCUCACCUCUUUAAUCUCCAUCUGACAGUUUUCUUCCUUAAGAAUCUCAUUUACUUCACUCUCUCUCUAUAUAUAAUCCUCAUGAAAAAAGGAGGAAAAAGGGAAAAAUCGCGAUUUCUAUAUCAUUGAAUGCAAAGCCGGCCUCAAAAUCGCCGAUUGUCCUUUUUCUUUCGAGCUUUUAAUUUCUCACUCUUUUAUCUUGCUUCGAUUUUCGCAGAUGAAAACUCGCCGAUCUUUGCAUUUAUGCCUCUGAGAAUGGAUACGAUCGAUCGAUCUUCUCAUCACCGCCUCCUUUGAUUUUCGAAGAGAGAGAGAGAGAGAGAGAGAGAGAGAGAGAGAGAAUGGGAAGAGCUCCUUGCUGUGACAAGCAGGGAUUGAAGAAAGGGCCGUGGACGCCUGAAGAAGAUGAGAUCCUCGUCGAUUACAUCAAGAAGAACGGCCAUGGCAGCUGGAGGUCGCUUCCCAAGCUGGCAGGUUUACUUCGGUGCGGUAAAAGCUGUCGGCUUAGGUGGACCAACUAUCUUAGGCCAGACAUCAAACGGGGACCGUUCACUCCGGAUGAAGAGAAGACCAUUAUCCAGCUCCACGCCAUUGUCGGCAACAGGUGGUCCACAAUCGCCUCACAGCUCCCUGGAAGAACCGACAACGAAAUCAAGAACUUUUGGAACACCCACUUGAAGAAGCGCCUAGAACGAAUGGGGCUCGACCCCACAUCCCACGCCUCUGGCUCUACUGCCACAUCAUCUGCAGCAACACCUGCUACACGCCACAUGGCUCAAUGGGAGAGCGCCCGGCUAGAAGCCGAGGCUCGCCUAUCAAGAGAAUCCCUACUCUUCUUCUCCUCCCAGAACGAACCUGUCGCCUCCUCCCCUGGAAAAUCCAAUGCUGACCACUUCCUUCGCAUUUGGAAUUCCGAUGUCGGAGAUUCCUUCAGAAAGUUCCGCGGCCGAGAUCUUGCCACAUGUAAUAGCCCCAUCUCCCCUGCGUCGUCAUCAACGGCAAUGGCAGCCGCAACGGCAACGGCUUCUACCAUAACGAGCGACCGGUGUGGGUCCGACGAUGUUGAGACUGGCGUGUUGGUGAAGUCGGAUUCUUCCAGCUCAAAUGAGGAAAUGGAGGACGACGACUCGCCGGAGACAUCGCUGAAUCUACUGCUGGAUUUUCCAACGGACGAGCUGGGGUUCUUGCAAGGGCACAUUGGUAAUUUUUCUAUGUUUCCUAGCGAUUGACCAAAGGCUCUUAACUGCCUAACGCCCUCUUUCUUCACAAAUUGCCUUUUUUGUUCAAGGGGUAGGAGCGGUUUAGGCGGUUUUAAUUACAACAUGUGGAGGUUAGGGUUUCGUUUUGCAAGCUUUAUCACGAAAGCCGACAGCAUGUGUUGUUAGAUGGGGCCAGUUCAACAACUCCGAUCUGGACCAUACAUUUGCUGGGCCUCGUUGUGGAUGGUUGAGAACUAAUCAAAUGAUGCUCAGCAUUGUCUGACUAGCUUGGAUGAUGGCCUAUCAACGGUAGUAUUCAGCAGACGAAGGUCCUGAUAAACGGACGGCCUGAUCAGGCUACACAUGCUGCAUGGCAAACGAACUCGUGCAAGACAUUGGAGGCUUUUGGAUUUUUUUUUUUCCAGCUGUAUGAAAGGGUAUUUGAUUUUUUUUUUUUUUUUGGGUCCUUUUUUGUGAGAAUGUGAGACUGGAACUGAAAUGUUGCACAUAUAGAUAUAGAUAUGUAUGGUUUUUAGCAGUU